CUCCGGUCCCUUGGGUGUAAUACCUCGAUCUCCGCUCCCCAUUGGCCGAAGGAGAAACUGUGGCCGGGCGCCAAAAGUGGCAAGAUCCCUGCCAUUGGAAAUUCAGCACCUGAAGAACCCAUUCUUUCAUGCGUACGUGAGUUGAAUGUUUAGCACCAAUCUUCCACAAAACCGUCAGCCUGUUACAUUUCAGCCUGGGCAGUGUGUUAUAAGCCAUUCCCCGGCCAACAUGAAUGAAGGGGCCAGCUCUGGAGGAGAGAAACAAGAGCUGAAAUUCAAGAGAGCGAUCUUGCAGGACCAGAACAAGCCUGAAAAUAUGAUCCAAAGGCAACAAGUGAUCCGGCUCACCUAUUUGAUUACAGCCAUGGACCUGACCUGCUUGUUCAUGCAGAUUGGAAUCAUUCCAUACUUGGCGAAGAGCCUGGGAUUGGAUUCAGUUGGAUUUGGCUACCUCCAGACAACUUUUGGCGUUCUACAACUUCUGGGAGGUCCUAUUUUUGGAAGGUUUGCUGACCGGUGUGGCACCCGAGCUGCGUUAACUCUUUCAUAUCUCUCUGGAUCUGCCUUCUUUCUGCUACUGUCCAUCUCCACCAGCAUCCCACUUCUCUUCCUGUCCAGAAUUCCAUCCGUGUUUAUGCAUGGGCUACCAGGUGCUCAGAUGGUCAUUACAGAUCUGACUACUCCUGCUGAGCGUGCAGAUGCAUUAGGGAAGCUUGGACUAUGCUUUGGAAUAGGAGUAAUCAUUGGAUCAUCCCUGGGUGGGACACUCAGCACAAAAUUUGGCGUGUACUUUCCGUCGUAUCUUGCGGUAGUGGCAAGUCUCAUAAGUGCAAUGAUAGUAAUGACGUGUAUCCCUGCUCACACCAAACCAAAGUCAGAAGGACAAGCUACACAGCAGCGCACAUCACAGUCCAGUGUGUUUAGUCUCAAAGAAAUCUUACGCCUGCUGAAGCUUCCGGGAGUAAAGGAAGUGUUCUUAAUCAAGGUCCUUUCCGGACUCCCUACAGGUUUGUUCUUGAUUAUGUUUUCCAUCAUAUCUAUGAAUUUCUUUGGGCUGGAGGCAGCACAGACUGGAUAUCUGAUGUCAUAUUUCGGUGUCCUUCAAAUGGUUGUCCAGGGUCUGGUAAUUGGAAGACUAACUAGUCGCUUUACAGAGAGGACCCUGAUCAUGUUGAGUGUCUUAGCCUUCAGUGGAGUGGGCCUUGCUAUGGCGCUGAUGACCAACGUGUUCCAUUAUUGCAUCAUUGCCCUCCCCAUGGUAUUUGCACUCUGCACUAUGGGCAUCAUUACGGACAGCAUUCUCACAAAGUCCGUCCCUCCUUCUGACACUGAUCUUCUCCUUCACAACUUAUCUGAAAGACUGCUAGCAGUCACCGUGAGGAGCCAAAUGAUCUGUUAACACCCUUUUGCACAAUUCUGUCAAUGACAAGACGCUAUAAACUUUCUGCAUCUGGCCAGGUAAGAUUUCCUUUUUGUCAGGGAAUCCCUAAGGUGGGGAAGUGGGGACAUGGCCGGUGUCACUAUGCUCCUGGCACAUCUUCCUUGAGCUGCAGGCAGCCAAGCAUAAAUUAAAAGACAGUUCAAUAUCAGCUCAUACCAGGGAUCAGAGUGUCAAUGCCCUAAGAAUCAGGGAACUGUGAAGGAGACACAGCCAUCUUUACCAUCCCCUGGCCUAGUGGCAUGCAAAGCACAGCUUGGACUAAACAACCAAGGAAUUGAGCCCAACGUAUACUAAAAUGAGAAACUGCUUGCUGUUCAGGUCCUUGUUGCCAGAAUGUCACCUGACUUGGUUCUCACUGCACCUCAACUGAGAGACUAUAUCUAGACGAAGUUUAGUCAUGACUACAGGUGCCACUGAAUGAGCUGCAGCAUAAAAAAGUUCUGUCCUAACUGAAACAAACCCUUAAUUAAAGAAGGCUGCUUGGCACACUCAGCCAACAGUUCAGUGACCAAAAACAUCUUGUUCCACAGAUGAUGUCUCAGAACAAUUUGAUAAUUAGCUAUUACAUGGAUGGGGUCAAUGAAUAAAUGCUUCCUUGCUCUACUGAUCCCAGUAACUAAACAUGGGAUCCAUAACUAAACGUGGGAUCCAUGAAUGUACUUAGGCAUCUAAACCCCAGACUUCGGCUAUGUCUACACUACCCUGGUAAGUUGACCAAGUUACACUACUCCAGCUAUGUGAAUAACGUAGCUGGAGUCGAUGUAGCUUAAGUUGACUUACUGUGCUGUCUACACUGCACUGGGUUGAUUGAAGAUGCUCUCCCAUCAACUUACCAUACAUUCUCUUCGUUGCCGGUGGAGUACUGGAGUCAACUGGAGAGUGCUCUGCCAUCGAUUUAGCGGGUCUUCACUAGAUCCACUAAAUCAACACCCAGUGCACCGAUCACAGCAGCACUGAUCCCUAGGUAGUGUAGACAUAGCCUUAGACAUCUAAUCUCCCACCAAGUUCCAGUUUUGGCUCCACUGCGAUCCACAAAACAGCCAUCAAAUCCUGUAGGCACCUAAGCUGAUUCAGUGCCUACAUUUUUCAGAGUCAAAAGUUCCCUACUGCAUAUAUUCCUGCCUGUGAGCAUGCACACUGCUGUCUUCCUUUAGGUAUCCAGACACCCAUCUCCUGCCUAAGUCCCAGAAUGAUUCACAAACAGGGGAAGACAGGUGUUCAGCUGCUUAAGUCAUGUGUAGGACCUGAUCCAGUAGGCAAGCUCAGCUGUCACCUACCAAACUGGGCCCCAUACAAAAUCCAGCUGCAGGAUAACCUUAUAACUCUUAGUCCAGCAGAUAAGAGCACUCAUCUGGGAUGUGAGAGCCCCACUUCAAUUCCCCACUUUCUACCAGAGUGGGAGAAAGGAUCUGAACAGAGGGGUCUCCCACCUCUCAUGAGAGUUCUCUAGCCAUUGAACUAGGAGAUAUUCUGAUAUGAAAGCUCCCUGUUGCACUCUGAAUAAAUAAUGAAAGUAGUUGGAACCAGGGGCUUGGACCCAGCAUCUUCCACCUCCCAUGUAUAUGCCAGUGGUUAGGGCAGCAAAUGUCCCUCCUACUUUCUCUUAUUUUCACCAGGGAACCCUUAAUCAACUGUUUCCAAAUACAAUGUUUGCUUGCAAUAUUCUGAACAUUUGAGGCACGCUGGCAGGGUGCCUUGGUUUCAGCAUGCUUGUCAACAUACCUCAAUAUUCCAGGGACCAUCUCUUAAGAAGACUCAGAGGAUAGCUCAUAUACAUGACUAGGUUUGGCCGGAUUGACAUUUACCAAUGAAAGCGUAAUUUUGCUGCACACACAAACCGAGAAAAAAAUUUGCCACUGAUAAAUUUACAGAUAGCCAAAGUAAGAAAAUGCUGCUAGAGAACUCAGUUGGAUUUAGGAUUUUUAAUUUGUGUAUUUUGACAAUGAUGAUAAUUUUUGCGUUGAUGGUUAUAAAGACUUAACGUUUUGAACCUUAGCAUCUACUGUCGAUAACUUAUUGUCUGGCCCCCUACACUGUCUGAUCCCCCCCAUAAUUUAAAUUUUCGGUUGCUGGAAAUUAAUAAGAAUCAGGAAAAGAUGUUUAAAAAUAAAUACUAAUAUCCAUUUUUUUUUAAUACAUAAAAAUCAAAUUCUGCCAGGCCUACAAGUGACUAUCGAAAUUUUUUUUGCUGAACUUCAAGAAUGCUAAUUUAAUGCCAAUCGUGAUGGUAGGGUUUUGAGGCAGGCAAAUGCCCAAUAACGACUAGACUGAGACCAGCCAUUAACUUUGGACCAAAACAACUUUUAACCACUACCUGCCUGGACUGAAUUUGAAAGACUUGUAUCCUCACUACUAAUCCCUUGAACUGGAGAGGCAGUUUUAAAUGCAUAUUAUAUUCCAUCUGCACAGAAUAAAACUGUUAGAGUUCACCAUCUAUACUACCAGCUUCAUGCUGUCAUUCACAAGACUUUUUCCUACUAUCAACCAUUACCAAGAUAAAGAAAAGAGUCCUGGAGAAUACAGACUAGAGGUUCCAAAAAAUAUUUUUAAAAACACAGA